CAAACUAGCAUGAACUCAUUAUGUCAGGUGGCAUAUAGUCAAGUUUGGUUCAAAUUUUAAAAAAUUAGAUGUACUAAUAUUUCAAGCCAUAAUGAUCACCUUAAAAAGGAAAUGUAAGUAGUCAAUGUUUAACCAAUUAAAAGUUAAACUUGUAAUAAAUUCAAUAUGUAAGUAUAUACAGCUAGAAUUAAUUAAAAUGCAAGAUAUAGAGUAUCAAAUCUGGAUAGAGAUACCUUUUAGAGAAAAACAGUAACGGAUCACUACAUUAUCACUAAACUUAAUUUUGUUAAUAAAUUUAUUUAUAUCCAUAUAAGAUGGCUCAUUUUAAACUCAAAAUAGAACUCAAUAAACGUGUGAUAAUAAGACAGUUAAUCUACAUCUUACCAUUUUGCAUAAUAAUUAUUAAUAGAGGCAUUUAGUUAAAGCAAAGAUAUGAUAAGCUUGAAAUAUAUUGAUGUAAUUACUAUUUCUAGCAAGUUGAUAUGAUCUUCUAGUAGAACUAUGAGUUGGUUGUUUGAAUUUGUAAAUUUUAAUGCCAUGGAAUCAUUAAUUUUCCAUAUUUGGAGGAUUUUGUAUUUAUAACAUUGUCUAUUUAAAAGAUAAUAUUCUCUUCAUUCUUUCAUCAAGUUAAUUUCAUUUCAAGAACAUAAACAUAAGUAUAGAGAGACAAAAUGGAUGUUUUUGCGAUGAAAAAGCCAUCUUCUUUUGAGGCUUCUAGCAUAUCGGCAACCUCAGAAGAAUCUCAUGAAGUUGUCACAAACACUAAGAAAACAAAAGAAGAAGUUGUGGAAGGCUCGCAAUUGAAGCCAUAUGAUGUAUCAUCUGUUGGUGUACGUCUUGAUCUCAAAGAUCAUGAUGGUUACAACAACAACAUAAAUACUAAUUGUUCAAAUCAUGAACUCAAUCUUUUUAGUUCUACUCCGGCUCAUGCUAGUGAGUCUUCCAACGAGGCAAAGCCCAAGCAGAGGCGUUCCUCGGAUGCUAAGACUUUCUCUUGUAACUUUUGUAAGAGAGAAUUCUCCACUUCCCAAGCCUUAGGGGGACACCAAAAUGCUCAUAAACAAGAGAGGGCAUUGGCUAAAAGGAGAAACGGUCUUGUUGAUGUUGUUUCACCUUUUGUCCCUCACAAUUAUCAUCCCUACUACAAUCCCUACUCAAAUUUCAACUCGCGCAUACCAUUUCAUGGUUCUUUUGCUUCUCGAUCAUCGCUUGGUGUUCAAGGAGAUUCUCCUGCUAUUCUUAAGCCUACUUCCUAUCAGAAAUGGCCAUUUUUUUCCAGCUACAAUUUUCCAUUUAACCCUGAGAAGUGGUCAUCAUCAACAUCAAGUUCAUCAUUUUUUAGGACAGAAAAUCUCCAAGAAAAUUAUAACAUGGGUAAGAUUGGAACAGGAAGUGCUUCUUUGGAGAAUUCCCCUAAUUUUGAGAACAAAAAAAGUGGAAUGGGUUUCAAUUUAAUGAAUUCACCCAUUGAUGUUGAUAAUCUUGAUGGAAAUAAUUAUACGAAAAUGAAAUUAAGAGAGGAGGAAGAAGAAAAGAAUAAUGAAGAAGAAGAAGAGCUUGAUUUGAAUCUAAAGCUUUAAUUUACUUAUUGCUUUUGACUUAUUUUGUUAUUUCAUGAAGGUUUAAUUUUAUUUGUGCAUUGUAUUUAUUAGAAAACAUGUGAUAUAUGUC